AUGAUAAAAUCAAAACGUUUUCUAUCAUUAUUAUCAUUAAUAUGUAACAAUAAAUGUAAUAUGAAUAUCAAUGAAGAUUCUUUAAUUGAACAAUUAAAUAUUAUUGAAAAUAAAUUAAAUGCAUAUGACAUUAAAUUACCUAUGUUUGGUUUAUCUGGAUUAAAUUAUAUCAUUUAUCAAAAUAAAAAAGCAUUAACUGAACCUAUGUGGUCAAAAAUAACAAUGAAUACAAGAUUACUUGUAAAUCUGAUACAUGAAUUCUUUUAUGUAUUUCUAACAUCUUAUUUUAAUGAUUUUUCAUGUGAACAAAUUUUUCGUACAAUUAAAUAUAAUUUCUGGUAUGAUGAUAAUUGUUGUCAAUUAAUAUUUGAUGAAAAUACAUGGUUAUUAUCAACAAAUAAUUGUUUAUUUACAAAUGAUAUAUUAACAAAACUAGAUAAUAUGUCUCAAACUGAUGAAGAAUUUCUUAGAGAUCUUCCAAAUAUACAAUUAUCUGGAAUUGAAUAUGCUGUUAAUACACCACCUAUGUAUGAGUAA